CCCGCUGCACACUAUUAUCAGCGUGGUCGGCAUCCCAACUGCGCAAUAAUCUCGUGAGCACCGCGAGUACCUUAGUUUUUGUGGAUAUUAUCUGUCUCAUCCGCGGGCGGAGAAAAGCCGACUUUUUGCAAUUGCAAAAUGUUUGCCAAUAUUGGCGGCACUCUGAGGAGUCUCCUGCAAAGGCCUGGGAACAACCUUGACGACGAUCUGAGCGACUGCAGUUUUAAUAUUAAAAACAGCUAUGAGAAUCAUGAGGUCAUAAGAGGUCACCGAGUAGUGUUUGGCUCUGCGAGUCCGAAGUUUAAAGCUGCUCUUUAUGCGAAUGCCGAUGCUGAGGUGGACAUAUAUGGCAUAACAGCGGCUGGAUUUUGCUUCGUUAAAAGAUUCCUCUACAAGGAUCGAACACUAGAUACAUUUGAAAGCGCUUCGCAGGCCAUCGAAGUGGCCAAUUUCGCUCAUCACUGGGAGCUGAAAAGCCUCUACGAAUGCGCCGUCAAUUCUUGCUUCAGCACACUGCACCUGUCGGGACUGGAAAUUUGGGCUUUGUGUGAAAUGCUACUGCAGCACGCAAAUGAUGCAAAGUACAAGAUUGCUCUCUUGUUUCUGAGACAAAGAUGCUCUGAGGUAAUUUCGAGUGAAGCCUGGGCGAAAUUCGCGUCGAAAAACUUGUUCAUGUACCUCCUUCGAGAAGAAAACCUGAAUGUCGACAGCGAGAAACAACUAUUGGACGCAGUUGUCAAGUGGGGUUACCAUAGAGCGUCGGCUGCUGGCGACACAACAUCAUCAGUCUGGCCGUACAUAACCCAUCUUCUGCCUGAUAUUCGAAUCAGAAACAUCAGCCCUUCUGACUUUAUUGAUUUUGUCGAGAGAGAUGAUAUCAAUGCCAACUGCUUUUCCUAUCACAUACGGAAUAGUAUAUUAAUGUGUCUGACGACCAAUGAUGAGAAAUUUCUGCCUCUUGGAUUUGGCUCGAACGCAAAAAAGAGAGGAAAGGUUGGCAAACAGACGGUGUUCACUGGAUGUACUAUGAACGCGCCUAUGUCAGAAGUUCUCGACACGCCAAUGCACCUGAACUUUACCGCAAACAAAUCCGUGUAUUUGUUCGGGAUCCGCUUAUUUUCAUUGGAGUUCUUGAACUUCCAAAAACAUUUAAAUCUUGCUUGUCAUAUUUACAAGGUAGAUAACGGACAGCACACUUUGGUGGCUGAAGGCGAAUUCCGUGGGAUGAACGAAGAAGACAAAAAAAAUCAUGUCACACUUCAAUAUCCCUUUCUGCUGAAAGAAGGUGAACAGUAUCAGGUGAAAGUGGCAAACCGUAAGGAUGUUGGUCGAUUGGUGCCUCACACAUACGUCAAAUUCGUUCCAAAAAAUACGCGAGUACAAUCUACUAUCACUUUCCACACGCCUUAUCAACCGGGCGAUGUUUACGGACUUUUUGUGGAAUGUCCAAAGAAGUAAAAAUCGUGAUAAUUUCGAGUGUUUCCUAGUUUGUAAAUUUUAUACUUGUAUAGGACGAAUAAAAUUAUUUCCAUUACUAUUCUAACUAAGA